AUGACCAUUCAAAAAGGAGUUUAUCUCCUUUUUGUCCUCUUUCAAGUCUUAAAUUGUCAAACUGUUGAUGUCAGUAAACGAGUCGAUUGUUAUCCUGAACCCGGAGCUUCACAAGAUUCAUGUCAGUCGAGAGGUUGUAUUUGGACAGAAGCACCGAGUGGCUCUCCAGUCGGAACUCCAUGGUGUUAUUACCCAACUGAAUCCGGAUUCACUGUGCAAUCGACUGGAACCAAUUCCUUUGUGUUGGCAGCCAAGACAAAAAAUCCAUUUGGCGAUAACAUCUCUCCACUCAACGUGAAAUACUCAACAAACGGAGCAACUCUUCUGCUCACAAUUGGAAAUGACGAUAGAUAUGUUCCCCCGGUGAACAUUCCAAAGAAGCCAUCAACAUCUACUGAAUCUCUGAAAUUCACAUCUGGAAAUAUCGGGUCUUCUGAUAUUUUCAGUUUUAAAGUGACGAGAGCAAGUACUGGAAUCGCUCUGUGGGAUACGAGUAUUGGAGGAAUGCAGUUCGCUGACAAGUUUAUUCAAAUCGGCACAUAUCUACCAACCAAGAAUAUCUUUGGUUUUGGAGAUCAUAUUCACAAGAAGAUGAAGGUUAGUUCGAACGGGUCUCUGUGUGUCCAGAUGUCCAGAAGUUGCUGGAAUGAAUGA